AUGUUUGAGAUUUAUCAAGCAAUAAUUAAAAAAACGACCGCUCUAAAAUUAGAUACUUUGAUCGAAGAAAGAGAAGAAUUUAGAGUUCUUAUCAGAAAACUUUUAGGUCUUGCCUUGUUGCCAGCGACUGAUAUCAACAAAGCUUUUGAAUGGCUCAUCAAUAAUCACAAAGAAAUGAUUAAGGAAUUAAAAGGAUUAAUAAGAUACUGGUUUGAAACCGUAAAGCCUGAAAGAUUUAGCUGUUACCGAAAGGUAAAUAGAACCAACAACAACAUUAAAUCCUAUCACAGAGUACUGCGAUUAAAGCUUGGAUCGCAUCCGUCAAUCUGGGAAUUCGCU